AUGCAUGUUCCACCCUGUUUCUCUCUGAACUCGAUAUCGGCCGCUGACUCUGCGCAACAGAUAAUCUACCUUUCGAUCGUUGGACCUCUUAUGCUGGCAGCUGCUUUUGAAUGGGUUCUCUGGCUCGGAGCUUUUAUCUACUGCCUUAUCAAAGUUUACCACAAGGCCGAUCACUGGAGCAUCAAGGCUCUCGCAGUCGUGAUGCUCUUUCUCUUUUCAAUCCUGCGAUUAUCCUUCUUACCCGUCAUGGUGGUCACUCUCCCGCUACCGCCUCAAAUCAGCCGACACAUCCCCGAGACCAUGGCGUCAGUUUUCCAGUGGUUCGCCUUCUGGUCCUUCUCCGUUUUGCUGAUCGGUCCGUGGCUUCUCUGUGUGUACCAGCUCGUGACCAGUUCCCUUGGGCGAAAGAAGAGAAUCAAGGAGAUCUUGAAUGAUCACACCGCCCCGAAAACGGUUGUCGUGAUGCCGGUAUAUAAGGAGGAGCCUGAAGUCCUGAUCAAAGCCAUUAACUCGGUCGUCGACUGUGACUACCCGGCAGCGUGCAUUCAUGUCUUCCUCUCCUGGGAUGGGUAUGUCGUUGACGAGUCGUAUCUCCGUGUGACUCGACAUUUCGGUCUGAUGAUGGAUUCCAAGGACUAUCCCCCGAGCGUGGAUUUCGCAUACAAGGGAGCUCGUGUCACCGUGUCUCGUUUCCCACAUGGUGGCAAACGACACUGCCAGAAACAAACAUUCAAGCUGAUUGAAAAAGUUUAUGCGAAGUAUCUCAAACGCCAUGACGACUUGUUUGUGCUAUUCAUCGAUUCCGAUUGCAUCCUCGACCGGCUCUGUCUACAGAAUUUCAUGUACGAUAUGGAAUUGAAGCCUGGGAGCAAGCACAGCAUGUUGGCUAUGACAGGUAUCAUCACCUCUACCACGGAGAAGAAUUCUCUGAUCACUGUUCUCCAAGACAUGGAAUAUCUCCACGGCCAGCUGUUUGAGCGCUCGGUUGAAUCGGGGUGUGGAGCCGUGACCUGUCUGCCCGGGGCACUGACAAUUCUGCGUUUCUCUGCCUUUCGCAAGAUGGCAAAAUACUAUUUUUCCGACAAAGCUGAGCAAUGUGAGGAUCUUUUCGACUUCGGAAAAUGCCAUCUCGGAGAGGACCGGUGGCUCACGCACCUGUUCAUGAUCGGUGCUAAGCGACCAUAUCAAAUUCAGCUGUGCACUGGGGCCUUUUGCAAAACCGAAGCCGUCCAGACAUUUAGUAGCUUGCUAAAACAACGGCGCCGUUGGUUCCUGGGGUUCAUUACCAAUGAAGUUUGCAUGAUCACGGACGUGAGACUCUGGGUACGUUAUCCGCUGCUAUGUGUCGUUCGGUUCUUACAGAACACCAUCCGGACCACAGCAUUGCUUUUCUUCAUCAUGGUAAUCGCCCUUAUCACCACAUCGAAGAAACCAGAUGAACUCCCGGUGGGAUUUAUGGGCGUUUCCCUUAGCUUGAACUAUCUGCUCAUGUUCUAUUUCGGCCUUCGACUCAGGCGAUACAAAGCAUGGUUGUAUCCAUUGAUGUUCGUUAUGAAUCCCUUCUUCAACUGGCUCUACAUGGUCUAUGGGAUCUUCACAGCCGGGCAGCGCACCUGGGGUGGGCCACGGGCUGAUGCAGCCACGGCCGAUGACCAUACCACUCCUGCAGAGGCAGUUGAGCUGGCGCGUGAAAAAGGUGAUGACCUGAAUGUCGAUGUCGAUACCUUCCGUCACAGCACGAGUAUUGUCCGCCGGCGAUCAGUGCCCAUUCGGCCUUCCGAUCACAUCGUCGGUCGAUUCACUCCCUCGGAGCAGCUUCUUGAUGGUUAUUAUCUGGGUACAAAUGAGAUCGGACGUGCUCGAGCGCACUUGCCGGCUCCUGACCCUAAUGAUGCCCCGCUACCCAAUGUUCCACGAUUCCACGUCCCUGGCCAAUAUCGCGAUUCUACGGAAUCUAUUUACACCGAAUCUUCCGGUAGCGAAUCCAACGUGGUCUUGCUGCCGCAUACCAUGGACAACCUGAUGGAUGCAGACGAUCAAUGCAAACUGACUUAUGCACGUCGUCGAUAUCAGGCAGCCGCCGGCAUACCGAUCAUGGGCGCUUCCGAGCAGACUGAAGCAUGGCCCACCGUGCUCGAGCCCAGCCAAGAUGAUACCCCGGAGGCUGCCGGUUUCCACGCUGUUACCACUUUUCCGGAAGCCCAUCAUUCCCAGCAUGAAAAUCAGGUUCCUCUGGAAACGAUCCAGGUGGCCGAGCAACAAGGGCUACCACAGUGA